AUAUUGUAACGCAAGCAAGUUGUAAGUGGUGGUAGGCUAGGUAGCAAUUGGCACUAUCUAUCUCCAAUUCUCCAUCUAUAAAUUGCGUACCAACUUCCCUCAAAUUCAGCAUUAAUUAGCAAGAAGAGAGUAAGACAAGAAUGGAUAAUAAAAAUAUUAUUCCAAUUCCAAAGGUAGAAUCUUCAGAUGAUACUACUACUGUUGACUGGAGAGGCAGACCCUCCAAUCCUAACAACCACGGUGGAACCAGAGCAGCUGCUUUUGUUCUUGGGCUUCAAGCAUUUGAAAUAAUGGCAAUAGCUGCAGUUGGUAACAACCUCAUAACUUAUCUCAUAAACGAGAUGCACUUCUCUUUGCCUCACUCUGCAAACAUAGUCACUAACUUUGUUGGAACUAUCUUUCUCAUCGCACUCCUUGGUGGCUAUCUAUCUGACUCUUUCCUUGGCACCUUCUCCACCAUCCUCAUCUUUGCCUUACUAGAACUUUCUGGCUUCGUAUUGCUGUCUGCACAAGCUCAUUUUCCUCAAUUGAAGCCGCCGCCAUGUAAUCGAGAAGGAGGUGAUCAUCAUCAAGAUUAUUGCAUAGAAGCAAAGGGGUUGAAGGCCUUGAUAUUCUACAUAGCAAUAUACAUGGUUGCAUUAGGAAGUGGUUGUGUUAAGCCCAACAUGAUUUCUCAUGGAGCCAACCAGUUCAAUCAAGAUCACCAAUCAAAGAAGCUCUCAACUUACUUCAAUGCAGCAUAUUUUGCAUUCUCAUUGGGUGAACUUAUUGCUCUAACAAUUCUUGUUUGGGUUCAAACUCAUUCCGGGAUGGAUGCCGGCUUUGCUGUGUCUGCAGCUGCCAUGGCCAUGGGAUUCAUAAGCUUCAUAUCUGGGACACUAUAUUAUAGGAACAAGCCUCCACAACCAACAAUCUUCCUCCCCAUUGCUCAAGUUUUUGUAGCUGCAAUAUUGAAAAGAAAGAAGAUUUGUCCAUCUAGCCUACAAGGAAGUGAAAACAUUAAUAAUGUUGGUAAACAACAACAUAGCAAUAAGUUGAGGUUCUUGGACAAGGCUUGUAUCGAAGAUCAGGCCGGGAACAACAGAAAGGAAAGCCCAUGGAGAUUGUGCAGUGUUGCACAAGUUGAACAAGCAAAGAUAUUAGUAUCAGUCAUUCCAAUUUUUGCAUGCACUAUCAUUUUCAACACUAUCUUGGCACAACUCCAAACAUUCUCAGUCCAACAAGGAAGUGCCAUGGACACACAUAUCACAAAAUCAUUUUCUAUACCUCCAGCUUCGCUUCAAUCCAUUCCAUACAUUUUGCUCAUUGUUGUAGUACCUCUCUAUGACACUUUAUUUGUCCCCUUUGCAAGAAAAAUAACAGGUCAUGAGUCAGGAAUCUCACCUUUGCAGAGAAUAGGAAUUGGCCUCUUUCUGGCUACAUUUUCAAUGGUUUCAGCAGCUGUUAUGGAGAAAAAGAGAAGAGAUGCAGCUUUGAACCUCAACCAGACUUUGUCCAUAUUUUGGAUUACACCACAAUUCAUAAUAUUUGGUUUGUCAGAGAUGUUUACUGCAGUUGGACUCAUUGAGUUCUUCUACAAACAGUCCUUGAAAGGGAUGCAGACAUUCUUCACUGCCAUAACAUAUUGCUCCUACUCAUUUGGCUUUUAUCUCAGCUCACUAUUGGUUUCAUUGGUGAAUAGAAUCACUUCCUCAACUACUAAUGGUGGUGGUUGGCUUCAUGACAACAAUCUCAACAAAGACAAACUUGACCUUUUCUAUUGGUUACUAGCUGCCCUCAGUUUCCUCAACUUUCUCAACUAUCUCUAUUGGUCCAGAUGGUAUUCUUAUAAUCCAUCCCUUUCAACCAUAUCACAGGAGGAGGAGGAGGGUGAUCAGGCUCAUGCCACCGAAUCUAAACACUACUAUGCAGUAUCUGCAGACAAUAUUAUUAUUCCAUAGUUAUGAUUAAUUAGACCCUGCUGGCUUCUGCAUAUGUAUAUUAAGUAGUAAUUACUUAAUUAAUUAGUCUUUUAUUAUAAUUAUAAAGCUCUGGCUGGCUGGCUAUAAAAUGAAAAAUUAAUGCAUAUAAUUAAGGUCUCUUUUGAAGGCAGACAUAUUCUAGUUCUUCUACAAAGAAUUGUAACAACAAAAUAUCAUAAUUAAGGAUAUCUUACUUUUGAA